AUGACGGCCAACAUCCCCGCCAUCCUUCUCUUGUGCCAGGACAAGGCCUUCAUCCAGGCGUUCCAAGAGGCCAUGCUCACUCGCUGGCCCACAUACACUCCCGACAAAGUAAAGAUCACAACAAUCAACGAGCGCCUCAACAGUCUCCCCGAGAGCUAUAAUUUCGACCUCAUCGUCUCCCCGGCAAAUUCAUACGGUCGCCUCGACGGUGCCUUCGACCACGCCAUUUCCAAAACAUUCAGUCCGCACGACGACUACCACGCCGUGACCCGCUCCGCGCAAGCCGUGCUCUACGACCGAUGGCGCGGAUUUGCUCCGCCGGGAUCGUGUACGCUGGUAGAGUGGGGGCUGACGCUCGCAACUAACCCGCGCGGAUGUCGCUGGCUGGCGCUCUGUCCGACGAUGCGAGAACCGAGCGACGUCAACUGGGAUCGCGAGGUUGUGUACGAAUGCACGUGGAGUCUACUGUGUCAAAUUGAGGGCCAUAAUCGCCGGAAAUCGGAUAAGAAGAUUCAGACUAUUCUGAUGACGCCGUUUGCUGCGGGUGCUGGGAGGGUGAGUAAGGAGCGAUGGGCGGCGCAGACUGUGACUGCUUUGAAGCAGUUUGCCGAGUCAGUUGAACAGCCUCAAGUAUGGGGUAGUCUGGAGUGGGAUAAAAUUGAGAAGGUUUGCGAUGAAGUCACUGCUACUUGGAAGGGGGCGAAGUAG